UGUAUAAAUUUCGGAGGCACACGUAGGCGAGCUGAAGAUUUUUAUAAAUUUUCUGCUUAAACAAGCCUCAAAGCUGUUCAAGCAUAGUGAAAAAACCGAGUUAAAGGUCCUGUGCGUUAAAUUGCAAUCAAGUUAAGAUGGCGCGUUACACCCAACGUCCGGAAAAUGCUUUGAAGCGAGCCAAUGAAUUUAUUGAGGUGGGAAAACCUUUGCGUGCUCUGGACACGUUGCAGGAGGUUUUCCGCAACAAGAGAUGGAACUAUACCUACUCAGAGACGGUCAUUGAGCCGCUCAUGUUCAAGUAUCUGUACUUGUGCGUGGAGCUCAAGAAAUCGCAUAUCGCCAAGGAGGGUCUGUUCCAGUACCGCAACAUGUUCCAGCUGGUCAAUGUGAACUCAUUGGAGAAUGUGAUUCGCGGCUAUCUGAAAAUGGCCGAGGAGCAUACGGAGGCGGCACAGGCGCAAUCAUCGGCCGCUGUUGCAGUGCUCGAGUUAGAUGAUCUGGAUAAUAUUGCGACUCCAGAGAGUAUCCUCAUGAGUGCCGUUUGCGGCGAAGAUGCCCAGGAUCGAUCCGAUCGCACUAUUUUGCUGCCCUGGGUCAAAUUCUUAUGGGAAUCCUAUUGCCAGUGCCUGGAGCUGUUGCGUGUCAACACGCAUUGCGAGGCACUGUAUCAUGAUAUUGCGCGCAUGGCCUUCCAGUUCUGCCUGAAGUACAAUCGCAAGAGCGAGUUCCGGCGGUUGUGCGACAAGCUGCGCAAGCAUCUCGAGGACAUCUGCAAGAGCAACAACCAAACGACUGGUGUCUCCAUUACGAAGCCCGAGACGCAGCAGUUGUGCUUGGACACCAGGCUGUACCUGCUCGACUCGGCCAUACAGAUGGAAUUGUGGCAGGAGGCCUACAAGGCCAUUGAGGACAUUCACGGCCUAAUGGCCAUGUCCAAGAAGACGCCGGUGCCCAAAACCAUGGCAAAUUAUUAUCAGAAACUUGCCAUGGUUUUCAGCAAGGCCGGCAAUCAGCUCUUCCAUGCGGCCGCUUUGCUCAAACUGUUCCAGUUGACGCGCGAGCUGAAAAAGAAUCUGACCAAGGAAGAUCUGCAGCGCAUGGCAGCUCAUGUGCUGCUGGCCACACUCUCGAUUCCACUGCCCUCGGCACAUCCGGAAUUCGAUCGGUUCAUCGAGGCCGACAAGAGUCCACUGGAGAAGGCUCAGAAGCUGGCCGUGCUGCUGGGUCUGCCCCAACCGCCCACACGUGUCUCUCUCAUCCGUGAUGUCGUGCGUUUGAAUGUGCCCAAUCUGGUGUCCGACGAGUUCCGCAACCUGUACAACUGGCUGGAGGUGGACUUCAACCCAUUGAAUCUUUGCAAGCGCAUUCAAUCCAUUGUGGAUACCAUUGAGAGCACCGAAAAGGAGAAUACUCUGUUAACGCCUUAUAUUCAGUCACUCAAGGAUGUCACCAUUAUGCGCCUGAUCCGACAGAUCUCGCAGGUGUACGAGAGCAUAGAGUUCAAGCGCCUCCUCGAACUGGCGCCCUUCUGCAACAUCUUUGAGCUGGAAAAGCUGCUGGUGGAGUCGGUGCGUCACAAUGAUAUGCAGAUACGCAUCGAUCAUCAGCGCAACAGCAUCUUCUUUGGCACUGAUCUAACCGAGAGCCAGCGCGAAUACCGUCCCGAUGGACCGGCCCUGCAAUCGAUGCCCUCGGAGCAGAUACGCUCCCAGCUGGUGAAUAUGUCAACCGUAUUGACCCGAGCCGUUUCCGUUGUCUAUCCGAAUCGGGAGCGUGACCAGCGAGCCAAGUUGCGCACCCAGAUGGUGCAGCACUAUCACGAGAUUAAGGAUCGCGAACAUCAGCGCAUCCUGCAGCGCCAGAAGAUCAUUGAGGAUCGGAAAGAGUUCAUUGAGAAGCAGAAUAACGCCCGAGAGUUGGAGGAGGCUCGUCGCCACGAGGACGAAUCACGCAAGGCCAAGCAGGCCGAGCAGAAGCGUCUGGAACAGGAGCAGGAGAAGCGCGAACGCAAGCGUCACGAAAACGAAAUCCAAGCCAUCAAGGAGAAGAGUCUCAAGGAGAAGGUGCAGCAGAUAUCGCAAACUGCGCACGGCAAAAAAAUGCUCUCCAAACUGGAUGAGGAGGGCAUCAAGAAGCUCGAUGCCGAACAAAUUGCCAUGCGUGAAAGCGAGGAGCUGCAGCGCGAGCGUAAAGAGCUCCAGUCCAAGAUCAAGUCGCAGGAGAAGAAAAUUGAUUACUUCGAGCGUGCCAAGCGAUUGGAGGAGAUUCCGCUCUUCGAGAAGUAUCUGGCCGAGAAGAAUGUCAAGGACAAGGAAUUCUGGGAGUCCACGGAGCAGACGCGCAUUGAGCUCGACAUUGCUGAGCGCAAGGACGCCGUUGCCCAGCAGGCUCGCCUUCAACGCAUGUAUCCCGAUCGUGAUGAGUAUCUUAAUGCCCUCAAAAAGGAGCGCGCCUCACUGUACGUGGAGAAGCUCAAGAAGUUUGAGAUCGCGCUCGCCGAGGAGCGCAAGAAGCGUCUGGCCGAUCGUAUUGUGCGUCGCCGCGAGGAGCGCCGUCAGGCCUAUUUGCGCGCCAAGGAGGAGGAACGCUUCCGCAAGGAGGAAGAGAUACGCCAUGCUCGCGAGGCUGAAGAGCGUGCCGCUGCCGAGGCUCGGCGCCUGGAACGCGAAGCAGAGGACGAGAAGCGUCGCCAGCAAUACGAGAAGCAACGUGCCAAGGAAGAGGAGGCCGAACGCAAGAUCCAAGAGGAUCGCGAUCGUCUCGCCCGCGAAGUUGCCGUCGAGCGUGAGCGUAGCGAAAAGGAGCGCGACGUCUGGCGUCCACGUGCCGAGCGAGCACCUGCUUCAGCCGGCGGCGCCAGUGAGUGGCGUCGCAAUGCUCCUCCAUCUGAUCGCAACGAUCGCAAUGAUCGCAGCGAUCGCAAUGAUCGCAACGAUCGCAAUGAUCGCAAUGAUCGCAGCGAUCGCAAUGAUCGUAACGAUCGCAUUGAUCGCAACGAUCGCAAUGAUCGCAGCGAUCGUAAUGAUCGCGGUGAACGCGCUGAUCGUGGUGAGCGUGGUGAGCGCAAGGAUAAUGAAGGAGGCGCUGAUUCAUCGUGGCGAGUGCGUCGCGAACCCGAACCCCAACGUGGUGGUGGUGGCGGUAUGGAUCGCAGCGAGCGUGGUGGUGGCAUGGAGCGUGGCGAGCGUGGAGGUGGCAUGGAGCGUGGCGAGCGUGGAGGCGGCAUGGAGCGUGGCGAGCGUGGUGGUGGCAUGGAGCGUGGCGAGCGUGGAGGCGGCCUGGAGCGUGGCGAGCGUGGUGGUGGCAUGGAGCGUGGCGAGCGAGGAGGCGGCGGCGCAACUGGUCGUGAUGACAAGUGGCGUCGUGGCGGUGAACGCAACGAUCGUCUCGGCGGCGACCGCGAUCGUGACUCCUUCCGACGCAACGAUGGGCCACGACGUGACGAUGAUCGCGGUGGCUUCCGUCGCGACGAUCAGCCUCAACGUGAAACCGGCGGCAACUGGCGUGAUUCGCCACGUCAGCCCGAACGCGACAAUCGUCGUCCUGGUACCGGCGAGAGACGCGAUGCCCGCGGUGCUGGAGCCAAGGAAGGUGGCGGCGGCGGCGGCGGCGGCGGUGGAGGUGGCGGUGGCGGUGGAAACUGGCGCACAGCUCCGGCUCCACGUGAAGAAAAACCCGCGCCCAAGAGAGAACAGCAGCCACAGGACAAGGAAAAUAAGGCAGCUGAUGACGGCGAAUGGACUAGCGUUAAGCGGCGUUAAAAAUAAAUACAUAAAAUAUAUCUUUCGCAUUGUCGUCUAUACACACAGCAAUUCAAACAGUACCCAUUUUUUUAAUUAUAAUAUAUGUACACAUAAUUAUUGUAAUUGAAGCGAAAUAUGCGUUAAUCUGAUCCAUAAAACACAUUGGCCACGUUUAAAAAACAAAGAGAAAAAUGACUUCAAUAACAGAAGUUGUCAAGUCUUGUUCAAAAUAUACAUAUAUUCGUAUGCCAGCAGUCUGCCCUUGUUUUUUCAGAUGCUGGCUUAAAAUCAAUACUAAUAAAUCUGAUUAGCACAAAUGUU